UAAAAAAAAAAAAGAGAGACACUAAAAUGAGAGAGUAAAGAGAGAUUUCUAUGUGAAUAGCUUUAUAAGUGAAACCAAAACAAAACAAGAAGACUAAUAAAAGAAAAUGUUUGAUGGUGGAGUACCGGAGCAGAUCCACCGGUUCAUAACAUCACCACCGCCAGCUUCUCCUCUUCCGCCGCAUCAACCGGCGGCUGAAAGAUCACUCCCUUUCCCUGCCUCAUUUGCUUCCUUCAACACCUACCAUCAUCAAGCUCAGCAUAUUUUGAGUCUUGAUAGCCGCAAGAUCAUUCACCACCAUCAUCAUCAUCAUCACCAUGACAUCAAAGAUAGUGGUGUUGCUACUACAGCUGAGUGGAUAGGUCACACUGAUCAUGAUGGUAGUGACAAUCACCAUCAUCCAUGGUGUAGUGAUGAAGUUCUUGCUCUUCUUAGGUUCAGAUCUACAGUUGAGAAUUGGUUCCCUGAAUUCACUUGGGAACACACCUCAAGAAAGUUGGCAGAAGUUGGGUUUAAGAGGAGUCCACAAGAAUGCAAAGAGAAAUUUGAAGAAGAAGAGAGAAGAUAUUUCAAUGGUAACAACAACAACAACACUAGUGAUCAUCAUCAACACAUAGGCAAUUACAACAACAAGGGAAAUAGUUAUAGGAUAUUUAGUGAGGUUGAGGAGUUUUAUGAUGGUCAUGUCUCACCAGAAGUUGGGGAUAACCAAAACAAGAGGACUAAUUCACUAGAGAGAAAAGGAAACGUGGAGGAAACGGGACAAGACUUGAUGGAUGAGGACAAAUUGAGAGAUCAGGAUCAAGGUCAAGUAGAAGAAGCAUCAAUGGGGAAUAAGAUGAACUUGAUUGAUGUAGGAAAAGUAGUGGAAGAUGAUGUGAAGUCUUCAUCAUCUUCGAGCUUAAUGAUGGUCAUGAGGGAGAAGAAGAAGAAGAAGAGGAAGAGGAAGAAAGAGAAGGAGAGGUUUGGUGUGUUGAAAGGGUUUUGUGAAGGUCUUGUGAGGAACAUGAUUGCACAACAAGAGGAGAUGCAUAAGAAGCUUCUUGAAGAUAUGGCGAAGAAGGAAGAAGAAAAGAUAGCAAGAGAGGAAGAUUGGAAGAAACAAGAGAUGGAGAGGGUAAACAAAGAGUUAGAGGUUAGAAAACAAGAACAAGCCAUGGCUAGUGAUAGAAACACCAACAUCAUCAAGUUCAUAUCCAAGUUCACUGACCAUGAUCUUGAUCAAGACUUAUCUUCUUUAGCUCUACCACAAACCCAAGGAAGAAGAAAGAAGUUUCAAACUUCAUCAUCAUCACUAUUACAUCAAACCCUAACUCCUUUAACCAAUGACAAGUCACUCCAACCCAUUCCAACUAAAACCCUAAAAACCAAAACCCAAAACCCAAAACCACCAAAAAGUGAAGAUAAAAGUGAUCUUGGCAAGAGAUGGCCAAAGGAUGAAGUGUUGGCCCUUAUCAACAUAAGACGCAAUAUCAGUAACAACAUGAACGAUGAUGAAAGCUCAUCACCAUCAUCAAAAGCUGUUCCAUUAUGGGAAAGAAUAUCCAAGAAAAUGUUGGAGCUUGGGUACAAGAGAAGUGCCAAGAGAUGCAAAGAGAAAUGGGAAAACAUCAACAAGUAUUUUAGGAAGACAAAAGAUGUUAACAAGAAGAGACCACUUGACUCAAGGACUUGUCCUUAUUUUCACCAACUCACAGCUUUGUACAGCCAACCCUCCACAGGGACCACUGCCACCACCACAGCCACGGCCACAUCAGCCGGAGAUCUUGAAACCCGACCCGAGGAAACCCGGGUCGGAUCCGAAGAUCUUGAUAAUAUUCCUACACCCAUGCAUGUAGAUGCAGAUGGUACCGGCGAUAAAAGCAAUGUUCAGUUUUCAGGUUUCGAUCUUGAGUUCUAAUUAAAUAAAUAAAAAACUUUAUAAUAUAUAUAAUAUAUGUUUAUUCUCUUAUUA